AUGAAGAAAGUGUAUUCCGCAAAGACAGACACGGAAUUUCCGGACAUUUGGCUCAUAUUCAAGGGCGCCAAAGUCAGGCCUGUGUCGUUCCGAUUUGUGCACAACCUUAUUGGGUACCUUGAGCUAAUGCUUGAGACCAAGUCGCCGCCAUCCGAGGUAGCAGCCAUGUCACUGCGCAGCUCGAGUCUCAGCUCCAGGGCUGUUCAGGGUCGUGAGUGGCGCUAUGGUGUGUUUGGUCACAUCUCGGAGGCCGACGAAGGCGAUCACGAGGAUGAGCUGCGAUUGUUGAGCCAUAUGCAGACCGGUAGCGGGCAAUUAAUUCCUGCUCUGUAUGUAAGUCUGAUACCAAAAGGAUUGUCCAACUUGGCCAUUCUGCUGCUAUUGGAUAAUAGAAAGAACAUUUCCAUCUACCCGGGCCUGGAGCGCACAACAGGACACACUGCUCAUAAUAGGACUGAUAAUGGCAGCGACGAUAGCCUGUCACGUAAUACGCAAGGUUGGCGACGUUCGGUCCAGAGUCUCAGCUAUUCAUGCACCGAGAUAGCCUAUCAUCGGACGAACGACUUGCAGUCUCGUAUUGCUCCAGAUGGAUGGCUGCAAGAUUCGCACGAAGCACGGGUGGCGAUACGCACCGGCGGAGGAAGCUCCGCGCGGCCAGCGAGCAGUGGAUUCCUGCUCGGCGACGAGGACCGUGAUAACGUCGGUGCUGGGAGUUCUGGCAGCGGUGACGCGGACCUGCGGAGGCUUGCCGCAGAGCUGUGCCGCGAGAGCCCCGCCUCGAGCUCCUUCCAGUCGUACCUCAGGCCGUCGCUCGUGGUGCUUUCGGGCCUCUCCGCCGUGCUGAAGCGAUCCAGGGUCGCGAAGGAUGCCGACCUGCCUGACCUGCUCGCGAGCGAUUUCCGUAUCAUUGCUGUCCUAGUGGACUCGGCUUCUAUGUCGAGGUCCUCCGCGGUCAUCUUCCGCUUUUUGCUGAACUUGUCUAUAGGGUCUAUUGGGAAGCCCGGGUCUCGCCGUCGUUCCUCAUCGAGUUGUUUCUUGAGGAGUCGUCGUUUUGAGAAGGAAAUAACAACUAAUGCGGUGCAGGCCCCAAGCGUCAGGAGGGCGGCUACGGCUGCGAGUAUUAUCCAGAUCCGGGUUGAGUCUGUGGUGGAUGUGCUUGUGUUGGAAUCUGACGUGGAGUCGCGAGCUGCGAGAGUGAAAGGGACUAGAGGCAUUGUGGGGUCUCAGCUCAGCUCGCAGGAGCGUCGAUCUUCUAUGCCCGUCCCCGUUCCCGUCUCCCCACAGAGCAACGUUGAGAGUGUGCCUAGCAGCUCAGACCACGGGGCGAAGCAAAAGAAUAAUUGA